CAGAAUUGCACUAGUGAUUUUUCAUGUAGCAGUAAGUAGGUUGAAAUUUUUUUUCUGAAAUUAGACUUAGAUUGAUCGAACAAAGGUGUUGGGUUCCUCUUUAUUCAUUGUCUUCUGGUAGCUCUUUAAUGCAGUAAAAAUCAGACGCUCCUGCUCGAAUCAGGAACAGCAGCGGCAAAAGGCGCGAAGCAAAAAAAUGCUCGCAGAAAACGAAGCAGUUUCAAACUUUGCGCAUACAACGAUGAUUCAUUUUAUUUCGCCUAAUGGAUGAGAAUAUAAUUAGAUGUCGGUGAUGUUUCUGUUUCAUCGCACAAGAAUCAGGCGUUUUCUUCACCUGCUGCUCCUCUACCCCAGAGGUAAAAAGGUCUUCAUCAUUGCGAUCGGCCGGGAGGCGUCGAAGAAGGCUCUGCAAAAACUUGACCACCAGCAGGACCGGCAACUCCACCGCCUGCAUUCGAGUCACGAGGAGCCACAAUGGUACCGGGAGUACCGCGCAAAGAAUCCCAAGACCGCCCCGGCCUGGGCGGCGCAGACUUGCAGCAAGCGGGGCGCCGGAGAGUUGACACCCUUCCGCACGGAGCAGACGGGGUGCUGUUGCUGCUGCGUUGGUGACAGUUACAAAGCGGAGUACGCGAGGUUUGCGCAGAACAUUACCGCGUCCGCCGAGGAGCUGGUGAAAACGAGUCGGGGGCGCCUUCUGCUGGACACGCGCAUCAACUUCCAGCAGGCGAAGGAAGCAGCGAGCUACAGCUACGGGUCGACGCGGCACGUAGAUUGCACGUGUCAAAAGAUUCCCGGGCUGCCGGAGCACGACCUGUUCGCCGUCGACGUUUUUACACAGCCGACAAACCAACGGGUGACCACGUCAACGACCAGGACGCAGGAGGAGGAGAGACCUGUUUCUUUUCUUGACCAGGAAGAUGAGCAGCAUCACGCCGAAGACGAUCCGCUGCGUUCGUCGCACCCGAUGCAAGCUUUUUUUUCUCUGGGGCCGGAAAAUAGCCGUGCUCUAGACGACGGCUCGGCUUCAGAGGAAAUGGACUCCGAAUGUUGUGCGCGAUAUUGCACUGCAGUCUGCCACGACACGCCCGACCGGUUGCAAGACUACGAGUACGUUAUGAGCUACUGGGCGAAACUGGAACAGCGGGGGAACUUCGUCGACCAUGUCGGGUGCGAACCGAAUGUCGUUAACGACCUGCAAUCCCUAACCCUGUCCUGCAUCCGCGAAGAGCCAGCGCAGUGGUGCCUGAAGCACGAAGUUGACGGGAAACCCGUGCCGUUACUGCCGUACAGCUUCACCGAGGAAGCGCGGGAAGCGCAGAUGAAGUUCGCGCUUGUGAAGGAGGAAAACCAGAACCUGUUUGGUGGACAAAGCGGACUUCUAGCCUGGUUCGUGACUGCGGACAACGCAGAUGACGCCACGAAAACCCCUUACAGCGGCUACCACCGGUUGACCCCGUGCGAAAUGUACCUCUGCGCGCUUCUGGAGCAGCGAGAAGGGUUUGUUUACGAGGACAGUGGCUGUCCGGAGACUGUGAGCCUGUGGUUUUUGCUCUUGCCCUUGCUCUACAUCUUGCCUCUGCUGAUUCUCUUGCUCGUCCUGGUGCUGUGUUGCUGUCCGAACAAUUUGCUGUGUGAUCACUGCUGCCCGGCGUGCCGGUGCGCUCAGCGGAGCAGAAAAGCAAGUCACUACAGUACCGUGGAGAAGGACAUGCAGAAUGCAUCGCUGCGGAAUAAAAAAGAGAGCAUCGACCUGACGUGGAAGGUGGAUCGGGACGACCUGUACAGUGCUUCCUCGCCGUUUAAGUCGUACCCCCCGGAAGAGGCCGAGAUUUCGGAGAAGAGAAAAAGCAAACAGAUGUUGAAGAAGCAAGAAAAGCAGUUGCUACAACGGCAGUUGAACGCGACAACAUCCGAAGAAGAACAAUUCGGGUUGAUUUACACCUCCUCCGGCGCUGCGUCAAAAAAUUCUGCGCUAUCUUCGACUUAUCCUGACAACGACGGAAAAAUAGGUGGGGGAUUACAGCUAGAGCCACAAGCUCAGGAGCAGCGCUUUAGCAGCAUAGCUUCCGCGUUUGCUGGAAAUCAAACUUCGCUUCCGGUAUCUUCCAGUGCGACUCGUUACACCGUCGGAGUGGAUUACGCGGACUACCCUUCGCAAGGAGCUGUGCGGAUGAGCAGCACGCUCGCCAAGGCUGAACCAAAGGCAGAUGCGGCCGACCUCCUCGUCCUUUCCGAGGAGCACUCGGAAAAGAAGAAACAGGCGACGCAGAAUCACAUAGAGCACACGGAGAAAUUAGUAGGGUUUCUGAAGGGGAAACGAGAAAAGAAGACACGCCAGCUUACUUCGCCUGAAAGGGAGAAGCAUGUCACCAAAGACGACGAGGACAAACCGAAAGACGGUAGCAAGAAGGGAAAUAAAAAUAAAGAUAACGAAGUAGACACGACGAGGUCACUACAGGACGAAGCGGUUGACUUCUCCAUAGCAAGAAUUGAAAUCGAUAUCAAAAAGAAAACGAGGGAAGCUACCGCGGUGCUGGCGAAGUUUCACCCGGACAUUCCGCAGCAAGAAGCAGAGCAUCUUGCCGGCUUGCUGGUGUUGCGUAGAAAAGAUCAAGAACACGGUAGCGAAAGUGAAAAUAAGGCAACAACGACCGACGAGGAGACGGAUGCCGAUCUCGGCGUGCAAGCAGUGCGUCCGCAGAAGCGAGGAAGUCCCCUGGAGCGACCCCACGCCGGGCACGAAACUGACGUUUGGUGGGGUCGGUACUUCGACAGCUCGGGUGAAAGUGCAGCAUCAACCGCCACUGCCUUCAAAGGCAACUUCGCAAACAAUCUGGAGUCCCUGGCAAAGUACUUUACCUGUCUGGAAGUUUUAUCCAGGGCGCAGGUACGGGACGACAGCCUCGUCGCGAAAAUAUCCGCGGCCUUCGUCGCGCAGGAGGACGUUUUGCGCACUGUUGACGCACCAGUACCCGGAGAGUUUCUUGCGGCUUUGAAGAGGAAGAAUAAAGGGCGAAAAAGCGCUUUCCCAGACGGAAAGGAUGCUGCGGUUUUUGACAAGUUACAAACGUGGCGGGACGUGAAGGAAUACGUUACGUGUUUGAAGCUGUUUUUGCUCGAGGUGGACAAAAUCGAUGAAAACGAAAAUGAUCUGAAGAGCAGCGUCGAAUUUUCGCUUCUGCAUGAAUUUUCUCUGCUGCAUCAAGUAGCAGUAGCGUAUGCGGUGGGCCAACUGAAUACUACUAGUUUGACAGCUGCUGCCGGUGCUCUGAGCGGAGAAGCAAAAGAAAAGAAGACACACCCGUUGGACAAAAAGAUCAGCGAGUCGCACUUUUUUCAGAAGAUAGAAAAGACGACGAAGCAGACAUCGAGAGCAGACACAGCGCAGAAAGGUUCAUCGAGGCCGCAGGGGACAGAAAAAGAUCAGGUCGCACACGCAGGCGAGUUUUUUGCCUUGCUCGCCUGGAUCAGAGAGCGCAAAGCCGAGUUAAGCACCGAUUUGUGGUGGCCGUACGGAGACUACGCGGCAGAAUUGAAGAAGGCGCGGAAGAACAAAGAAACAAGCAAGACAAAAAAGAACGCUCUGCAACCAGCACACCAACAUCAAGAUCGUCCCGAUGCUGCAGUAGCCAACAAUGAUAAGCGCUUUCCUGCAAUGACAGCGCACGACCCAACGUCACCGGACAAACAAGGUUUGGCGUCGUUGCGCGACUUGCGUGGGGUGACGGCCGGAUUGACUACGGCGCUGCUGCAAGAUCGUCGGGGCGGUAGAAAUGACGCAGGUGAUUCAACACCAACUAGCGUGGCUAGUAGCAGAGCGCGACGCAAAAACUUGAAGUCACCACAAAGCUUGUCCAAGAAGAACAAUGACACCUGAGCGCUGUUUUGAUAAGUAUCGUUUCUGUUUCACCUUCAACUUGAAUUGAAGAUACUACGACGAAGGAUUUUUCUGUGCCCGG